AUGGCUUAUCCUCAAACAGCUUUCGCGUCGACUGCCAUUCAUGCCGAUUCUCUGGUGGGAAGACGCCGACAAGCUGUAUCUGCCAACACGUUAAAGUACCAGCUCGACGUGCUCAAGAAGACUGGACGUUAUGAUGCAUUCAAGCUUCAAUGGCACCCCGUUUAUGACGAGCCUCCGCUGGUCUGGCCGAUUCCAAACCAUCUCUUCUGGGAUUCAGACGUGGCCAAAUGGAUCGAAGGUGCAUGCUAUUUCCUCAAGCAGCAAGCAUUGCCAGAAAUCGAUCAGGCUGUGCAGGAGCUGGUGGAAAUGAUUCGAUCUGCACAGCAGUCAGACGGCUAUCUGAAUAUCCACUACACUGUCGUGGAGCCUGGCAAACGCUUUACUAACCUCCGAGACAUGCAUGAACUAUACAACGCUGGGCAUUUGAUCGAGGCUGCCCUCGCUCACUCGGAUCUGUAUCGCAACGACAAACUCUUCGCACCAAUACUAAGAUACGUUGAUUUGCUGUGUGCAAACUUCGGACCCGAGCCGCAUCAAACCCAUGGCUAUCCUGGCCACCCUGAGAUCGAGCUUGCUCUGUUGCGGCUUUAUGACCGCACAAACGAACCCAAGCAUCUGGCUCUGGCGAAGUAUUUCUUGACAGAACGUGGGAAUCCAGCCGGCGUAGAUGGCCAGAACUACUUUGCGUGGGAAGCCAGAGCUCGAGGUGACGAUCCAGCGAAACGGCCAGCCUUUUAUCCAGAAUCCCAAUGCCUUUGGUACCAUCAAGCUCACGCUCCUAUUGCUGAGCAGAAGACAAUCGAAGGACACUCGGUCAGGGCAAUGUAUCUUCUCACAGCUGUGGCCGAUUUGUGUCGCAUCGAGUCUGGCACAAGAUCUCCCAACCUCGAAUCUGCGAUGUAUACACUCUGGAACAAUAUGAUCCAAAGGAAAAUGUACGUCACGGGAGGUAUCGGAGCGAUCAAGCAAUGGGAAGGCUUUGGACAGGAUUUCUUCCUACCCCAGGGCACUGAUGAGGGCGGAUGCUAUGCGGAGACGUGUGCAGCUAUUGGUGUCAUGAUGCUUGCGCAGAGGUUACUCCAGAUCGACCUUGACGCCAAGUUUGCGGACAUCAUGGAGCUUUGCCUUUACAACGCCGUACUGACUGCUAUGUCGCACGACGGAAAGGGCUUCACGUAUGUCAAUCAACUCGCAUCCAGUGAUACGGAUCCGUCCAAGCGUGAAGAUUGGUUCACCGUCGCCUGCUGUCCACCUAAUAUGCUUCGUCUCCUGGGCUAUAUCGGAGGAUAUAUCUGGACCCGCGACGACUCGAACAACAAUGUGACGGUCAACUUGUACAUCCCAAGCACCCUGGAAUUCACUGCCAACAGGAAAGACGUUCGAAUAUCUCAGCAAAGCAAUUGGCCAUGGGAAGAUCGGAUCAGGUUCACGGUAGACACUACCUCUGAAGAUCUCAGCUUGAAGCUAAGGAUACCGCAAUGGGCGUCUUCUUUCGAGCUUUGCCCAUCAUGUCCGGAUGCUGUUGUCGACAAGGGAUAUCUUACUCUUCCGGCCGCGUGGCUGUCCAAGAAUCGAGCUUUCGAGCUACAGAUUCCUCUCAAACCACGAUGGGUCGUGCCUCAUCCCUCGACCGAGCAGAACACCGUGACUCUAGCGCGAGGACCUAUCAUAUACUGCAUCGAAGACGUGCAUAACGAAUGGGUGGACGAUCACUUCAAGGGCGUCUCGAUCGAUAUAGGAGCUUCACUGGCUGAGAGUGUAACCAAGGACACGAAGACAGGAGACGAGUACGUCUCGCUGAUCCUAGAAGACGGGGCUCGUAAUAUCAAGCCAGAGACCGUUUGUGCUUAUCCCUCGAUCAACGCGGCCGACUUAGAAUCGACAGUGAGCAAGGCGGAUACCAUUGGUAGGCUUCACUUUACUCCCUACUACUUCCGUGCGAAUAGAGGUGGAAAGGGUCACAUGCGGGUUGGCUUGAGAAGAUUUUAG